CGGGCGGAAGGAGGCGGCGAUGGCGCGCGGCGGCAGCAAGGCAGCUAUAGUGCUAUGUCUGGAUGUAGGCUUUUCAAUGAGCAAUUCUGCCCCUGGAGAGGAGUCUCCGUUUGAACAAGCCAAGAAGGUUAUGAUGAAAUUUGUUCGGCGCCAGGUGUUCGCCGAGAGCAAAGACGAAGUCUCUGUGGUUUUGUUUGGUACAGAUGGUACCGAGAAUAACCUUGCCAGUGGGGAUCAGUAUCGGAACAUCACUGUGCAGAGACACCUGAUGCUCCCGGAUUUUGAUUUGCUGGAGGACAUAGAAAAAGAGAUUCAACCGGGCUCUCAACAAGCUGACUUCUUGGAUGCGCUUGUGGUGUGCAUGGACUUGCUGCAGAAUGAAACAGUAGGAAAGAAAUAUGACAAACAGCACAUCGAGGUGUUUACAGACCUCAGCAGUCCCUUCAGUGAGGAUCUUCUUGAGGUUAUCAUUGCCAACUUGAAGAAAACAGGAAUCUCGCUACAGUUCUUCUUGCCAUUUCCAGUGGUGACGGAUGAGGAUGAAAGUGGGGCUAUGGGUGACAGCCCACGUUCUGAUACGCGCAGAAGCUCUUUUCCAAGGAAAGGAUUAACUGAGCAGCAGAAAGCAGGUAUCCGUGUGGUGCAGAAAUUGAUGUUUGCUUUGGAGGAAGAAGGAGGCCUGGAUGAAAUUUACACUUUCAGAGACAGCCUGGAGCGUCUUUCAAUGUUUAAGAAAAUUGAAAGAAGACCUAUGGCUUGGCCCUGCCAGCUCACUAUAGGUUCUAAUCUGUCCAUAAGGAUUGUGGCCUACAAAUCAGUCACAGAGGAAAAGGUGAAAAAAUCCUGGACAGCUGUGGAUGCCAAGACCCUGAAAAAAGAUGAUAUUCAAAGAGAAACUGUUUACUGUUUGAAUGAUGAUGAUGAAACAGAAAUUCAGAAAGAAGACAUUAUUCAAGGGUUCCGCUAUGGGAGUGAUAUAGUUCCUUUCUCUAAAGUGGAUGAAGAGCAAAUGAAAUACAAAACUGAAGCAAAGUGUUUUUCUGUUUUGGGAUUCAGCAGAUCGUCUCUGAUUCGGAGACAUCAUUAUAUGGGCAGCCAGGUUCUAAAGGUCUUUGCAGCAAAAGAUGAUGAGGCUGCAGCUGUUGCGUUUUCUGCCCUAGUUCAUGCUUUGGAGGAAUUGGACAUGGUUGCCAUUGUGCGUUAUGCUUAUGAUAGAAGAUCGAAUCCUCAGGUUGGAGUAGCUUUUCCAUGUAUCAAGGAUGCAUAUGAGUGUCUUAUAUAUGUUCAGCUGCCUUAUAUGGAAGACAUAAGACAGUACAUGUUUGCUUCCUUGAAAAACAACAAGAAGUGCACUCCUACAGGUGAGCAGUUGUCUGCUGUCGACUCUCUGAUUGAUUCAAUGAGUUUGGUCCAUGAAGAUGAUGAUGGCAAGACAUUUGACACAUUUAAAACAAGCAAAAUUCCAAAUCCUCACUUUCAGAGAUUGUAUCAGUGUCUGCAUCAUAAGGCUUUUCACCCGAAUGAGCCCUUGCCACCUAUUGAACAGCACCUUAUCAACAUGUUGGAGACCCCUCGGGAAGUGAAAGAAAGAUGUCAGACUUCUCUUGAAAAAAUAAAGUCGCUUUUCCCCCUAAAGGAAGCUGGAAAGAAAAAACAGCAGAAAACUGCCCAAGAUAUCUUCCGAGACAACAACGGAGAGGGCCCCAGUACUACAAAGGCAGAAGCUGAAGAUAAAGAAGACAGCGUUAGCAUUGCAAACCUUGCUCAAGGCAAUGUCACCUCCGUUGGAAGUAUUAACCCAGCAGAAGACUUCCGAGUGCUGGUGAAGCAGAAGGAUGCUAACUUCAAGGAGGUGAGCCAGCAGCUGAUAAACCGCAUCGAUCAGUUUUUGGAAAGUAAAGGCUGGCAGUAUUAUAGGAAGAGCAUUGAUUGUAUCCAAGUUUUCAGAGAGGAGGCCAUUAAGCUGUCAGAAGUUCAGCGCUUUAAUGAUUUCCUGCAGGCCCUGAAAGGAAAGGUGGAAGAUAAAGGCUUAACUGAUUUCUGGGAGAUUGUGAUACAAGAUGAAAUUACUUUGAUCACUAAAGAUGAAGCAGAAGGAAGUACAGUGACUGGGGAGGAAGCCAAAAAGUUCUUGGCCCCUAAAGAAAAACCAGCAGAAGCUCCCCAUUUGGCAGAGGAAGGUGGCGAUGUGGAUGAUUUACUUGACAUGAUGUAAGUGGCUGGCGAUAUGUGGGAACCAUGGAAGACCAGGCUUGGUAUUAAAAAGAAGGCGGAUCAUCCAUUCCCCUAUAGCCCUUUGUUUCUUGAGAGAGAGCAUUCAAAGGAUGUAUCCCGUUGGUGUAAAUCCCAGAGCUGACUCUAUAACACCGAACCAAAGAUUGAAAUAAUCUGCAGAAAUUUCUGCAUGAGACUCUUAAAAAACAAUGACAACAAAGAAACCAGCUGACACCCACGACCUCCUUCAGUGUGUUGGUCUAUUUUAUACCUAGUGUUGUACUGUUUCUUUGUCGUCUCAACUUCCACUAAACCUUCUUCAAUCUUAGUGAAGGCGCUUGUUGUUGGAUAUCACUGAUGACUGGCCAGAAGGAUGUUAGGGAUGUCAGAGUGACAUUGCAGGAUCCUGUAGGUGAAGCUUGAGCGGAAGGAAACCAGUGUCUUCCUAGUUCAAAAGGACAAAAUAGUUACUUUCCUGGCUUCCAUCAAAUCAGAAAAGGAAAAAUAAAUGGGUGUUUUGGACAUAAAAAGCUGAAAAGAAUCAUUACAAAAUAUCCAUGACAAGGAUUUGUAAUGCAUUCUCCCCAAAUGUACAGCAGAACCGGUAGUAAACAGUAGAGCGCAGCCAGCUUGCAAAUCAGUGCUUAUAUGCUUGUGCUUCUCCUAUAAACUCUCUUGCCCAACCAAAGCAUGAACAGGGUCUUUCAUCCUAAUCUAGAGUCUCUCUGGCCAUUUCCAGUUAUUUUUGUGCCUUCUCUUGUCUUAAUGUACUUGGAAGCUUCCUGCUCCAUGUGCCGUACCUUCCCUUUCUUCUCAAACUUUUAAUUGAUUGCAGUUACUUUAGUUACCUUCAUGCUAAAACAACGACUGACUCAAGUGUUAGAGACUGCAGCUAACUUGCUAACACAGUGCCCAGGAGCCCUUCAGAGCCAGACCAUUAAAAUGCUCUGUACGCUGAUGAUUUGGGUUUUCAAAAAGACAGAUCAUUACACAAAGGGCCCAAAAGAGAAUGAAGUAACUAGUUGUGCAUGCUUGGACAGGACACUUGAAUGCUGUGAUUAUGUGGUCAUGAUGCCGUUACCGGGAUGAUGUCUUAGGCGCAUGUCAUUUUGUUCUUGUUAACAUAUACACGUGUAUGACAUACGUAACGUACACACGUAGGACAGACAGGCUGCAGAAUGACAUCUCCUCUCUGAAUCCUGGGCUUACCUGAUAUUUUGGUAUAAAAUGUCUGCACAUCGUAUAGCAUGACUCCUGGGUCAGGAAGUCGAAGCGUCCUUUCUCCUUCCUACCUUCCUCCACUCACCAAAAGGGCUCUUGAAUCACGUGCUUUCCCCUGGUUCAAGAGAUUUCCAGCGACAGGCAGACUGACAGCAAACAAAUCACUGACCGCACCCUCCGAGCCAUAGUGUCAAAGUGGUUUCUCAUAAUUGUAAAUAAGAAAUAACUGGCCACAUUCAUGAUCAUUAUGUAACCAGCUGGUUUUUAGUUUUCUCUUAAAACAAUGGUUAAUAAAAUAUUUUCAUGGCUUUUUUGUUCCCCA